AUGGCAGUUCAUCCCAUUUCACAAACCGCGGCACAUUUUUUACACCGAUCGAAAAAGUUGGUGUCUAAACUAAACAAGAGGCAGGGUGAAACAUAUCUAUUUGGACGUGCUGGGGAACCUAAAGAUGAAAAGAAAGCUUUCGAAUUUUUCCAACGUGCUGCCUCGUUAAAACAUCCGGAAUCUCAAGGGGUAAUGGCAUUCUGUUAUGAAUUUGGUUUGGGAAUUGAAAAGGACUUUAAACAAGCCGAAUUACAUUACAUCCCUGCUGCCGAACUUGGGAAUGGUUUGGCGCAAGCUAGGCUUGCAUUUUUAAGGAAAUAUGGACGUCCUUCGGUCCAUAUUGACCGUGCAGAAGCAGAAAUGUGGCAGCAAAAAGUUAAAGACCAAGGAAAAACGGCCAUCGCUUGGCUAUUUUACGCAGCAUGUAAAGAAAAUCAUCCCGCUGCCCAGUAUUCAUUAGGAGUAUGUUACCAUGAUGGUGUGGGUGUAGAAAAAAACGAAUCAGAAGCUUUUAAAUGGUACAAAAAGUCAGCAGAACAGGGUCACCCACGUGGUCAAGGAAUUUUAGGAUUUUGUUACGGUGAAGGGUUUGGAGUACAGAAAGAUGAGGUUGAAGCAAUGAAAUGUCAUGCACCGGCCCAAUUAAGCCUUGGAUAUUGUUUCCGUAAUGGAAUUGGAGUAGAAAAAGACGAACAAGAGGCCGUCAAAUGGUUUACUUUUGCAGCACAACAAGAUCACCUUACAGCCAUGUAUCAUCUUGCUAAUGCUCUUGAGAAAGGAAUUGGUUGCGAUGCUAAUCUUGAAGGGGCAACACAUUGGUUUGAAAGAGCAGCAAGCUCAGGUUGUAGAACGAGUUGUGAAAGGUUGAAGAGAUUAUUAGUUAAAGAAUGUUUAGGUCAGGAAGCAAGUGGGAAUAUUUAUUUAUCUGGGUAUUAUGCCGCCGCUGCCUAA